AUGUCCGGACGUGGUAAAAGCGGCGGCAAAGGUCUCGGAAAGGGCGGUGCCAAACGUCACCGCAAGAUCCUGCGAGACAACAUCCAAGGAAUCACCAAGCCUGCCAUUCGAAGACUCGCUCGACGAGGAGGGGUCAAACGGAUCUCCGGUCUGAUCUAUGAGGAGACUCGAGGAGUUCUCAAAAUCUUCCUGGAGAAUGUCAUCAGGGACUCGGUCACUUACACUGAACAUGCCAAGCGGAAAACAGUCACCUCGCUCGACGUCGUUUACGCCCUCAAACGACAGGGUCGAACACUCUACGGCUUCGGAGCUUAA